AUGUUAAAUUCAACUUCAUAUUUCAUUCUUGGAGCUUUUGUGGACGUAGGAACUUUGAGAUAUUUUUAUUUCAUAAUAACUGCCAUGUUAUACAUUCUAAUUGUUAUUACCAACACAUCUCUGAUUGUUGUUAUCUGUAUGAACAGGAGCUUACAUGAACCUAUGUACCUUUUUCUGUGCAGCCUGUUUGUAAAUGAACUGUAUGGUAGUACAGGGUUGUUUCCAUUCCUUCUGGUUCAGAUCCUCUCUGACAUUCACACUGUUUCUGCUUCUCUCUGUUUCCUGCAGAUUUUCUGUUUGUAUACAUAUGCAAAUGUUGAGUUUUGUAACUUAGCCAUCAUGUCUUAUGACAGAUACCUUGCUAUCUGUUAUCCUCUACAAUAUCACACUCGUAUGACAACUAACAAGGUGUUAACCUUUAUUGUGGUAAUAUGGUUAUACUCUUUUGUGAAAUGCUUAAUUACUUUAUCCUUAAACAUCCGUUUGACAAUGUGUGGAAACGUCAUAAACAGUUUGGUUUGCAGAAACUACCUAAUUGUUAUGUUGGCUUGCUCUGAUAUUCAAGUGAAUAACAUCAAUGGAUUGAUUGGUGUUGUUCUCUCCAUUUUUGUCCCUCUGCUUCCAAUCUGUUUCUCUUACAUGAAAAUCCUCAAAAUUUGUUUUUCUAGUUCCAAACAGACCAGAAAAAAAGCUGUCAGCACCUGCACACCUCACCUUGCUUCCCUGCUAAACUUUUCCUUUGGGUGUUUAUUUGAAAUAAUUCAGAGUAGAUUUGAUAUGACCAGUGUACCCAGUGUGCUGCUUAUCAUUCUGUCACUGUAUUUUGUCAUCAUACAGCCACUUUUGAAUCCUGUCAUGUAUGGAAUGCAAAUGUCCAAAAUACGAAAUACAUGUAAAAAAUCUCUUCUGUUGUAAAAUGUUGACUUGUCACAGAGAUAAGAUGUUGACAUAAAUGAAUUCAAUAUGUCAAUUGUUUUUAAUAUCUUGCAUUGAAAUGUUUGCUCAUUUUAGAAAAAAACUUCAAAAUGUAAGCAUUCCUGACACU